CCUUCUGCGGCUUUUCUCUAAUGCUCCAUGUAGUUUUCGUUGUCCACCAAACGACAGGUGGCUGGGCACAUUUGCGGUCUGCAAAAGGUCUCUGUUUUAGGGCUCUGAGUGGCAAGUGGAACUACCACCACCGCUACCAGCAGAUCGUUCCUGUUACGUGCGCCUACAGAGAAAGAAACGAUCAUUGAAACUGCUUCCCGAAACCGGAAUGGCAGCUCAAUGACAAAUGAAUUAAUGAAACGUCAAAAAUGAAGAAGCGUUCAAAGUUUGACUAAACAUUCCCGCGUGCAAGCGAAACAAAGUGAAACCGUGACUAUAAAACAAGUAUUAAAUAGAGACUCUUAAAUGCAAUGGAAGUAAAAAACUCAAGUACUUAGACUGUUUUGAAAACAAUUCAACUGUGUGACCGAGCGUGAUAGCAGCUAAAGACAGCACCCGGCUUGAAAUGCCAAUAAUCACGGCCACGACAACGGCGACAGCCGGCGGUGGAGCAGGUGUGGCAGCCAGGGGCGUGGCAGCCGGCAAGCCUCCCACCGAUUAUCUAAUGCUCCAGCAGCAACAUCAACAGCAGCAGCAACAGCACUACGCCAGCAAUCACUUCUAUCAACAGCAGCAGCCACAGCAGUUGGCGCCUCUGAAUGCUUCCCACCAACACCAGCACUCCCAUCCACAUCCACAUCCUGUUCCCGCUCCGACCAGUUUUGCAACAUUUAACGGAAACUCGAAUCUAAAUUCUAGCCUUGCCAACGGAAGCAGCAGAAAAUUCAAUUGCAGCCGCGACAACGUGGACGAUAGUGCCGAUGCCGGCGGAAUUGCGGUAGUUUCCCAGACAUUGUCCGCUGGCACAGAUGUGGUUGGUAACGGGAACGGGAAUGGGAGUGGCAGCGGGGACAAGUCUGUCGGUAUAGCGCCACCAGGUGGACACCAUCUCCGCCCGCCACCGCCGCCACCGCUCAAAAAAUCCGGCGUAACAACGGCGUCAGCUGUCGGGAAUUCUGCCUCUCGUGAGGAUGUUGCCUCGUUGAGUGGCACCUCUUCGCUGAACAGCCAGAUGUCGGUGCAUAAUCAGUUCAUCUCCGGAUUGCCAAGCAAUGGCAUCAGCAGCAAUGGAGUUAACGGGGGCCAAACCACCGGACGGGGAGGUCCACCUAACAGCAUUCUAAAGGGCAGCAAGGAGAAUCUGCUGCAAAACACAUACUACAAUGGCGAAACUGGGGACAGCAGUCUGGGUAGCGAGUGUGGAGUUGGAGAGGUUCAGCACCAGAACCAUGAGAACCAUGAUGACCCAGGCGACGGUUUGGGACCCCUUCCACCUAAGUGGGAGACGGCGUAUACUGAACGAGGGGAGCUCUACUUUAUCGAUCAUAACACCGGCACCUCCCACUGGCUAGAUCCGCGACUCUCCAAGUAUCAGAAAAAGUCGCUGGAGGAUUGCUGCGAAGAUGAACUGCCCUACGGAUGGGAGAAGAUAGAGGACUCCAUGUACGGAAUGUACUUUAUUGAUCAUGUCAACCGACGGACGCAGUAUGAAAACCCAGUGCUGGAGGCCAAGCGACGUGCUGCAGAGCAGAGCCAGCAACAACAGCAUUUGCAACAGCAGCAUCAGGAACAGCGUUCGAAGACGCCAACUGUGCUGCCAGAGAUACUGCCGACGGAGGUGCCUGAAGAGCAGGAGCACGAGGAGGAAGAGACCCCGGUUAAGCUUCCCUACAAAUUCACCCGCAAUCCCGCAGAGCUGCAAGGCCAGCGAGUCAACACCACGUUGCUGAAGUCAUCGCGCGGCUUGGGUUUUACCAUCGUGGGAAGCGACGGUAGUGCAGGCGGGGAUGUGGAGGAGUUUCUGCAAAUCAAGACGGUGGUGCCCAAUGGGCCCGCUUGGCUGGACGGUCAGCUGCAGACAGGAGAUGUUCUGGUCUAUGUGAACGAUACCUGUGUGCUGGGCUACACGCACCACGACAUGGUCAACAUAUUUCAAUCGAUUCUCCCCGGCGAGAGGGCAGCCCUGGAAGUAUGUCGUGGCUACCCACUUCCAUUUGAUCCAAAUGACCCCAACACUGAGGUGGUGACUACAAUGGCGGUGGAUGGACGGGAUUCCGAUAAGCAGCGCCGUCUCAACAUGGACGGCAAUUACAACUUUUUAGACUUAUCCGGCGAAAGUACCAAAAAAGCAAGCGGUGCCGGCAGUGGUUUCAUUCUGAUGAAGAAGCCGGAGCUAUACACUUUCUCCAUUAUGAAGGGAUCGAUGGGUUUCGGUUUCACCAUUGCUGAUUCGGCCUGUGGCCAGAUCGUGAAGAAGAUCCUAGACAGGAACUGCUGCACACAGCUGAUGGAGGGUGAUGUUCUUCUGGAAAUCAACGGCUUGAACGUGCGCAACAAACCGCAUUCAUACGUAGUAGAGCUUCUUAAGGAAUGUAGCCAGACGACGCCCACAGCGGUAAAGAUUCAGCGAACGCCGCCAGACCAGCCGGCCAACAAUACGCUCGCCCAACUUAACCAGGUAGGCAAUGUGUCCAAGUUGCGGAAGAACUUUGCUGGCAGCGGCUUGUUCCGCAGCAAGACGCCCACAGCAGACCUAUACAGCACCCAGGUGAAGGAAGUGCUGCCCAUGCGCCCUAAGACCCCACUCGUGGACACGCGACGGGCACGGGUACAAACGCCAAGCAACGAGAUUGACGGCGAGGGUGAAGGUGUGGCAGUGGCGGAGAAUAGAAAACCACUUCAGCUGCAGACGCAGGGCAAGUCGAACAGUAGCCUGCAGGAGCUAGAUGAUAUACCAUAUAUGGAUCCAUAUCCCAAGAUUAGCCGUUUAACCGACCGUCUAGCGGAGGUAUCGUUGCUGGGAGAUGCCAAUGGUGGUAUAUACGGUUUGCCGCCCAGUAUGCAGCCGUUACCGUUGCCGCUAGCUCACCACGAGUCCUGCUAUUGCUACGACUGUCAGGCGCAGCGAUACCGUCCUGGUUACUUUGUCCAGGCCCAGCAGGCCGCCAUGUCGGGAGCUUCCAGUCAGUACUCGCCGCUGCAGACGGCCCAUCUGCAGAACGAGCGGAUCCAGCGACGCGUUAACGAGCUACUAAGCGAUCGGAGACGUGUGGGCUUCGCCAACUUGGAUCCUCCCCAGCAGCAGCAGCAAAUGCAACACUCACCAAGUUGGCGCAACGGCGCUUUGCUUGACGCUUCCGAAGAUGCAGACCAGUGCGAAUUGACUGAGGUAACCCUGGAGCGCCAGGCUCUGGGCUUCGGCUUUCGGAUUGUUGGCGGCACCGAGGAGGGCUCCCAAGUCACCGUAGGCCACAUAGUGCCAGGUGGUGCCGCUGAUCAGGACCAUCGAAUUUCCACCGGUGAUGAGAUCCUUAGCAUCGAUGGCAUUAACGUGCUCAACUCUUCGCACCACAAAGUUGUCUCUUUAGUGGGAGAAUCCGCACUUCGCGGGCAAGUUACCAUGAUUCUUCGCCGGCGACGCACUCCACUUUUGCAGCAGGCUCCAGUUAGCACACAAUUGCGCCGAUAUCCUUAUGACGUGAUUGUCAGCCGGCAUGAAAACGAGGGCUUUGGAUUUGUUAUUAUAUCAUCAUCGAACCACUAUUACGGUUCGACCAUAGGCAAACUUAUACCAGGCAGCCCUGCGGAUCGAUGUGGGGAACUCAAAGUGGGCGACCGCAUAGUGGCAGUGAAUCGUAUCGAGAUAGCCGGUAUGUCUCACGGAGAUGUAGUGAAUCUCAUCAAGGAGUCUGGCCUACAUGUUCGACUCACUAUCGGCGUUCCGCUCAAGGAAGGCGGUCCCAGUCCUGGAGGCAGCAGCGUCGGAGUGGCCAGUAAUACGCCGCUACAAGCGUCUCCCAGUCUUCUGAAGGCCCAACUCUCUCAUCAGCAGCAACUGCCGCAACAGCAGCAUCUCCAGCAGAUGCAACUUAACCACCAUCACCAACAUCUUGAGAUGCCAAUGUCGAUGCCCAUGCCUGGACAUGCAAACUAUUUGGAGCGACCGAGCAACAAUAUCGCAGCCACUUUGGCUCUGAACCAGCAGCAGCCACAGUUAUGACUCUGAGACCUACGAAUUCGGCUCUACAAGAGCUUUCUUUAGUGUUGGAUCGAUGGUAGGCCCUUAGUUUGUACUUUAGUUAACAAAGUACUAACCCCAAAGACUGAAUUUAGUAGCGUAUGUAAGUCAAACCCUUUGCGAGUCUCAAAACGUUUCGUGAAUGCGUCAUUGGUACCAGUUUAUAAGAUCCCAUUUACUUUCUUAGGCUUAGUUAUUUCUUGUACUUAAUUGUUAAGAAAAUUGCCAGUUUGUGAGAUAUAUACCAUUUCUUAUAUUCUAGAAUUGUACAAAUGUAAAGGACUUUAAUAUUUUAGCACGAGUAUGUAUGUUAUUCAUUCACAUUAGAUAUUAAUUUAUAUUUAUCAGAUAUAUCUACACAUUAUAAAGUCAAAUUAUUGUUGCUACAUAAUCUUACUGUAAUUAUUGCAUUUGUUUGCUGAAAUAUUUGAAGUUUAUAUACAUAUAGAAUUGAGACGCCAUUUAAUUUGAGUGCGAAAAUUUUCAGAAUAAAACAAAAUUUUUUUAUA